UGUGUCUCUGUAUACAGUCUCAAACUUCACUUUUCUGUUGCUUAGUUUUAGCACAGUUUCUGCUUCAGUCUCAACAGGACUCUGUCCAGUAUGAACCUUCAUACCUAGCAGACAGAUUGUGGCUGUGUUGUUGUUGUUGUGUCUCUCACUCCGUGAGGGACACAAACCAACUGACGACCAGGACUCGAGGGUUGGUCGAGUCCAUCACCUCCCCUCCCAGUCGUCUCCUCCUUCCCCUCCUCGAGCAGUUCACUCUUCCCGCCUCCGCACCACAGACGGUUUUUUUUGUGCGUUGGAAAAGAGGAGGAGCGACUGCUAGCGACUGGACGACUAGUAAAACGGGACUGGAGUGGGUUCGCGAGCGCCAAACCGAGCCAAGCGCCACACCGCCGCCGCCGCUGUUGGUUGCCGUUGUGGCACGGUUAAGCCGGUUCACCCCGUUUCCCCGGGCCAGCGGACCUUUAACAAAGUAGCGUUGCUACAACAUCCCGAAGCGUGGAGAAAGAAGCAGACGGACCUCUUCUUGGACCGCUCGCGACACGGAAAAAAUCGCAGGAACAUCGCUUGACGACGCGACUGUCGGCAGCAAUGGAAGUUGUUGUGACGGAGGAGAAGAAGAAGAUAUUCCGUGCUCGGAAAACCAUGAAGAUCAGUGAUCGGCAACAACUGGAAGCUCUUCACACCACUCUGUUGGCAGCAGCAUCCGAACCGUCUCCGCCACCACCUCUAAUGAACGGUUCACACAGAGAGGAUGGACAAAAGGACGCGGAGCAAAACAGCCACCAGGACUCAAACUCACCCAUCGCUACAUCCCCUGCCUCUAUGACCUCCCUGAGCUCUCCUGCACCAUUCCUCUCACUCAAUCUGUCCCCCUCGCCCGUACCCUCGCAAAGUCCAAAAGAGAAGGACGAAUCUCUUUCAGGACCUUCGUCACCAUUCCAUGCUAUAAACUUUGAACAGAAAAAGGAGGAGGAGGAAAAGACUGGCUUGCCGUCACCCUCAUUGAAGGAGACCUCUGAACCAGCAGCACAGGAAUCCAAAGAGCAUCAGGAGGGCGCUCAGGUGUUGGAAAAGCCCGAGGAGGACCAAACUAUAGUCGAAGACAAUGCUAAUGAUGAUAAGGACACCGCUAAAGAAUCAGUUUCUUUGCCUCCAGUAUCUAAUGGCACAGUCCCAAUGGAAACGGACGCCUCCAAGGCCCAGGACACAGCCCAAAUAAAGUCUCCUAGUUCCGAUUCCUCCAUUCCUUCACCCUCUUCCUCCGCGGAUGUUAAACGGGAAAAGGAUGUAGAGGAAGGGACGAGCAAAAAUCAGUCUAUGAAAGGCUUACUAAAACAAGACAAGAUGGAGGUUACCAUCGUUAAAGUGGAGGCCAAAAAAGAAAAAAUGGACAGUGAGUCGACUUCGAAUCCAUCUCGCCCAUCUUCCACUCCACCGUCUAAUGCAGUGUCGGAGGACAAGAAUUGUACUUCUGGAAUCAAGCGCACUUUAUCAGAGGGCUGUGACAAUGGCGAGCAGACUAUAAAACGGGAUGGGAAGAGACCGAAGAUGGAUCAAGGAGAAUUGGAGGCACAGCUGGAACUCAAAAUCACUGCAAAGGCUGGCAGUCAUCACAAGCUUGAGAAGAUUGUGCAGAAGUUAGUGUGUGAACGGUUGAGGGACCUUGAGAUGACCAUUCUUGAGAAAGGUUUCCAGGAGUUGAAGGGCAGAGUUGACAAGAUCGACUGUACCACAAAGCACCAAGUGGUCAUUCACACUCUCCAAGCCAAGAUAGCCCGACUGUCAAAGAAGUUUGGAGAAGCCAAUCAGGCAUCAGAGAACAAAAGGAAACAGGAGUCACUUGCUGCUUCUACUUCUAUUGCUGCUGCUGCUGCUGCUGUUACUACUGCCGCCAAGACAGCAUCUGUUGCUAACACACCUCAAGUUCAACGCGUGCUCCGUCGGCAGGCAGUAGAGCCGCAGCCCGAGACGGCCAGACGGCCAGUCCGGGCACCCAUCGAGGUGAAGCAGAUCCCAACUACAGCUGUUACUUUACCUCACACUGCUGCAAAAUCCGGCCCACUCGUUCCAACCCCUGUCUCCACUGCUGCAGCCAUGGUUUCACAGGCCCCCAUCAUAAAAUUGAUCACCUCUUCCUCCAAUGCUGUCUCCACCUUGGCUACUGGCAUCACCACUCAGAGUCCGACAGGCACCUUGUUACUGAAGACGGCGCCUGCGGGUGGCGUGAUGACUGGACAGCCACUCAUCAUACAGCUGCCUGUAUCAAUGACUAAUGGCCAGGGGGGAACACUGGUCAACUUCCCCGUGUCCUCUCUGCCUACGGCGGGUGCGCUCACUAAGCCCAAAACCACUGCUUCCACUACUACUUUCAUCAUCAAGCCUGCUCCUGUCACUACCACAGCUGCAGGUUCUAUUCCAACCCCUAUCACUGUGCCAGCACUCCAGGCUCCCCCGAGCCAGAUGUCUUCGGGCCAGCUCGCACUGAGCCGAGCCGUAUACCAAGGCGGCGCCGGGGGGAUAACUACACCCAAUGCCGGAGUCUCUGUGACCCCAGCCAGGGCUCUGCUUUCUCCUGUUUCUGUCGCCGGAGCCAUGUCGACUGCCUCCACAUCUACAACAUCUGGUCCAGCAGCAACAGGUUCAGCAGCUCCAGGACCUCCACAAGGGACAUCUUUGACAUCUAAAACAGACAACCAAGCCACAGGAACCACUCCAUCCAAAGCAGCUACUCCAGUAGCACGUCCAAAAGGUGCUGUCAUUGAUCUUACUGAGGAUGAUGAUGAUGUGCAGGUGACAGGAGUGAAGGCAGCUACUGUCCCAAGUCCCUCGCUGACCCAGCGUCCACAUCCAGGCAACGUUCUAAGCAGCUCAGGGGCCAGGUCUUCCCCACAAAGCAGCCAAAAUACAUCCAGCAGUAAUACGCCAGUGCAAAACCGCCCCCCACUGAAUUCUUCAGUGAUAUCCCGUACUUCUUCAACGACAACGCCAGCCCGGACCUCCAGCAUAACACUGCCCGCGCUCCCCGUUGCAUCCGCGCCCACAAACCUACCACCAGAGGCUCAGCGGACCUCGCCUCCGCAGCAACCUCAGCUCAAACUGGUGCCAAGUCAAAGCGGCAUAGUGCUGUCCUGGUGCGUGUCCGAAACGGAUCAUUCUUGCGCGGCUGUCGAAAGCUAUCACCUGUAUGCCUACCACCAAGACAACUCAAACAGCAAUUCAAGUCAGCAGCACUGGAAGAAGAUCGGGGAGGUAAAAGCCCUUCCUCUGCCUAUGGCCUGCACCCUGACCCAGUUCCAGUCUGGGUCCACAUAUCAUUUUGCAGUUCGAGCCAAAGACAUCUAUGGGCGCUUUGGCUCCUUCUGCGAACCCCAGUGCACAAAUGUGAUCAAUCCCAGCUCAAAUUGAACACCUGCAAAAAGAAUUUGCAUUUUGACUGUUCGUUACUUCUUUUAGGAAAUGUAUGUCAUAGGAGCUCCAAUCUUGUUCAUUGUUGACAUAGAGUAUCUGUAAAUACUUCUCAGACGACUUCUGACUGUCUUGGGAAGUUGAAGCAGCAGAUGGUGUCGUUCAGUGGUUGACGUAUUUGAUGUACUUUUCAUUAUUGAUACUGUUGUAUAUAAAUGAACUACUUCUCCCCCUUCUCACGGUCCAUGUCAGAUAAUUUAUGUUAUUGGCUCAUGUAUGUCGCCCAUGUGUUGUUUGCUUUACUGGAGACACGAUGCCAAGACUGUCCUGUCAACAGAAUUGCACAAAAAUGUAUACGUGGUAGGAACUGAAUGAUAACUUUUGUAAGUUUUGUCUGGUAACCAGACUUGUGACAAACAAAAUAAAAUGUUUUAUUAAA